UUUAUUAGUUGGAACCAUGGCGACGGUUAUUUUUAUCAAAGUCAGCUGAUUGAGUUGCUAGGCAAUAAGGUGCAAAAAAAAAAAUCCCAACAAGGUAAACACAAUGCUUUACGUCAGCACUACAGUGUUUCCCCUUUUUUAAAAAAAACUUACUUUACGUCAGCCCCUGUUUUUUUUUUUGGUUUUUCUUUUUUUUUUUCAAAAAAACAGAAAUGUAUUUCACAAAAACCCUUAUGCCGUCGAGGGCCUUAAAGCAGUUAUUUAAACGUAAAUACAGCCCGGCAAUAAAAAGUUCCAAAGGUCAAACGAUCAAUUACUUAAAAGUGGGCGAGGGCCCCAAUAAACUGUUAUGCUUCCCGGGGGCUCUCGGAACCAUCUGGAGCGACUUUAAGCCCCAAAUCGAUGGUCUGGACAGGAGUAAGUUCACACUGAUUGCUUGGGAUCCCCCCGGGUAUGGGGCGAGCAGGCCUCCCAAUAGGGUGUUCGAUAAAGACUUCUACGAGACUGACGCUGAUGCGGCACAGAACUUAAUGCAGAACUUGGGCAUCGACAAAUAUUCUCUGCUAGGCUGGAGCGAUGGGGGGAUUUCUAGUUUAAUUCAGGCCGCCAAGUAUCCUGACAGUGUUGAUAAGCUGGUGGUUUGGGGGGCUAAUGCUUACCUUGUGCCCGAUGAUAUUAAGGCAUUUGAAAGUAUAAGGGACUUAAGUAAGUGGUCUCCAAGGAUGAAAGAGCCCCUAAUUAAAUUAUAUACCGAGCAAGGGCUCCAACAGAUGUGGAACGACUGGUGUGACGUUAUGGCGGAACUGUUUAAAGAUGGGGGAGACAUCUGCAAGUCCCGACUGAAAGAUAUUAGGUGUCCCACACUGAUUUUGCACGGGGAUAAGGAUCCGAUGGUGCUUGGGGAACAUCCGGAGUUUUUACUGAAACAUAUUAAAGGCUCCAGGCUACACCGAUACCCAGAGGGCAAACAUAACAUCCAUUUGAAGUAUGCUGAAGAUUUUAAUAAAAUUGUUUCAGAGUUUAUUGUAUCUCAGUAAAAAAGCGAAAGGAUUUUGUCGA